AUGGCAAAAAAGAGUUCUCUGUUUGGCAAUCUCAGACAGUUCGAUGGCUAUGCAAAGACGUUAGAUGAUUUUCGUGUAAAGACAACAACGGGUGCUUCAGUCACCCUCAUUAGUACCAUCAUCAUUCUUUCGCUUGUUUUCUCGGAACUUGUUGCCUAUUAUACACCUGUAUGGAAGCCAAGUCUGGUUGUAGACCAAGGAAGAAAAGAAAAGAUGCCCAUCAAUUUCAAUAUUACUUUUCCUCAUAUGCCUUGUCAUAUGAUCAGUGUUGAUAUAAUGGAUGAUACAGGCGAGCAUUCAUUAGGGUAUUCUCAAGAUGUGACUAAAGUGAGACUCAGUAUGGAUGGUACACCUGUAGAAUCAGGAACAGCUGUUGGUGACCCUACAACGAGUGCUUCCAAAGCACUUUCAGAACCUGUGCCUGAGUGUGGAAGUUGUUAUGGUGCUCGUCCUUUGCGCGAAGAUGGUUGCUGUCAAACAUGUCAAGAUGUACGUGAAGCCUAUAUUAAAAUGGGCUGGGGACUUGUGAAUGGUGAUAAUAUCGAUCAAUGUAUUCGGGAAGGAUGGUUAAAUCGUAUUGAGUCUGAAGCCAAUGAAGGCUGCAAUAUUCAUGGUCAUUUAUUGGUCAACAAAGUCAGCGGUAACUUUCAUUUUGCACCUGGAGAUGCUUUCCAGACGCAUUCGAUGCAUGUCCAUGAUUUAAAAGAAUUCUCGGCUGGUACGCCAGAUGGACACAAGUUUGAUUUGACACAUGUAAUCCAUAAACUCAAGUUUGGACCUGAUACGUUUGACGAGACAGAAGAGAUCUUGGCAGUGACAAAUGCUCUAGCAAGUACUGCUGUCUCUGCUAAUCCAGGUACACCCUAA